AUGCAUUGGGAACCUCAGAUAGAUGCAGUUCUGAGAGAGGCUAUUCAUCGGAUCCAGGGGGUGCUUGCAGUCCCACCAGUGCAAGGACCCCUUCUUCUGAGUCGUGACCCAGAACAGUAUUGUCAAGCUAUCUGGAGGGACCCAGAUUCCCCAAGCCACUACAGAUGCAGCCUUCUAAACCCUGGCUAUGUGGGAGAAAAUUGUCUGGGGGUAAAGAUUCCUGAUUCCCAUCUCCGUGGUUAUUCCUUAUGGCCGGAACAAGGUCCCCCAGAAUUGAUCCAACCAGAUGGGCCUGGAGUUCCAGACACUGAUUUCCUCUUGUACGUACAAGUAGCCCACACUAUGAAAUGCCACCGUGAGCCUUCCAUCAUUGCUUAUGCUGCCUGCUGCCAGCUGGAUGGUGCAGACCGGCCCCUUGCAGGCACCAUCAUCUUCUGCACACACCACCUCAGUGGCCUCCACUACAGCCACAGUGACAUUGUCAUGGCAACAAUACACGAAUUGUUCCAUGUCCUGGGCUUCUCUGGACAACUCUUCAAGAAAUGGAGGAACUGUACUGCAGGCCCCAGCAUUGGAGAAAAAUGUUCCCCAAGACGACAGGUCACCAGAAGGGAUGAAUGGGGGCAGUUGAUUCUCACCACCCCCACUGUGAGCCACAGCCUAGCCAGGCACUUGGGAGUCUCAGAAGCCAUAGAGGGAGUCCCCCUGGAAGAAGAGGGUCCAUCUUCCUCUCACUGGGAAGCUCGUUUACUCCAGGGCUCUGUAAUGACCGCUACCUUUGGUGGUGCUCACCGGACCCAGAUUGACCUUAUCACUCUUGCUGCCUUUGCUGACUCUGGCUGGUACCAAGUAAAUCACAGUGCUGCACAGGAACUGGUGUGGGGUCAGGGAUCUGGUUUGAACUUUGGAUUGGUCACAUCCUGUACAUCUGGCUCCUCAGACUUCUUCUGUGUUGGCAGUGGGCUGGGCUGUCACUACCUGCACUUUGACAAGGGGCAAUGCUCAUCAGACCCUCUGCUGGAAGGCUGCCGCAUGUACAAGCCAUUAGGGAAUCAAAGCGAAUGCUGGAAGAAGGGAAACGCACCUCUUCCCGUGGCAGGAAACCCACAUGGGGAGAUCUACCAUCCCAAAAGCCGCUGCUUCAUUGCUAACCUCACUUCAGUCCUGGUGCUCAGGAGUGGAACCACACCCUUCCCUCAAGUUCUGCCCUUCAAGCAGGUGGAGCUCACUGGUCGUUGCUACUUACAUAGAUGCACAGAAGGAAGUGCAUACUAUGUGCAGGCAGCAGGAUCACCCUGGGUCCCCUGCUUCCCAGGGAAGGCUAUUCAGGUCCCUGGGUAUUAUGGCCUCCUCUUCUGUCCCUGGGGCCGGUUCUGCCAGGCAAAUGAGGAUCUCAUGGCUCUUCCUCCAUCAACUACAAGCUCUUCAUACCAAGGCUUGCUGAUCCAGUUGGCCCUGGGACUAGCUUGGCCUCCAGGCUACUACCUGAGCAAAAUGCAGCAGCAGGAACUGACCCAAGCUAUACUGCAGGCCCUGGUGAUCAGAGCAGGCAUCCCCAUGUGCCAUUUCCACAGUCCAUCAAUAAGCUCUAAUCUGGUGUUUACUGUGCAUAUCUGGGAGUUUCCUGGCUGUCAAGGGCCCCCAAAUGAGAUGCUAUAUAGGGCUCUGAGACAAUCCCUCAAUGACACACCAUUCAAUGUGGACUAUGGUGGAGCCACCUUUACCACAGACUACAACAGGUGGCUGGCUUCACGAGGCCUCAUUUCCCCAAAUCUGGGUAUAAUCCUGCCCAUAGGCCUCAGUCUCAUGUUACUUAUUCUGAUGGGUACAGGAGGAACUGUGGCCUACAGGAAAUAUCGAGCUUCCCUUCGAGUUGCACCAUCAACCUCUUAUCCUUCAUCAGGACUCCCACAAUCAAUAAGAAACCUAUCUGAGGGAAUGAGGGAAGUAUAA